AUGCCUACAAUCACUUUGAUUGGACUUUCGCUGUUCGAAGUCGCAACUAACUAUUCUGCCGGACAAUGGUACAUUGCUUUGCUGACUACCGCACUGAUUUGUAUAUUUUCACAAUAUAUGAAAAAUAUUGAUGUACCCUGUUUUAUUUACAAGAAAGGCAGUGGAUGCACAAAAACAUCUCUUUCCUUAUUUAAAAUGUUUCCUCUAUUAAUUGCUAUUUUCAUAUCCUGGCUGUUCUGUUACAUUCUAACCAUCACAGACGUUUUCCCCAAAGAGAAAGACAAAUGGGGCUACGCGGCCCGAACGGAUAUUUACACUGAUGUACUUGAAAAAUCAGCAUGGUUUCGUUUUCCGUAUCCAGGUCAAUGGGGAGUGCCAAGCGUUAGCGCGGCAGGCGUAAUGGGCAUUUUUGCAGGUGUGCUGGCGUCUAUUAUUCAAUCAUUUGGAGAUUACUACGCAUGCGCAUGGAUGGCUGGCGCUCCACCUCCACCUGUUCCUGCCAUCAACAGAGGAAUUGGAAUGGAAGGUAUUACUUGUUUUUUGGCCGGUGCCUGGGGAGCUGCAAGUGGCAAUUCAUCGUACAGUGAAAAUAUCGGUGCAAUCGGAGUUACCAAGACGGCAAGCCGAAGAGUGAUCCAAGUUGGUGCAUUCGUAAUGAUAAUACAUGGCUGUUUGGGUAAAUUCGGCGCUCUCUUCGUCACAAUUCCUCAGCCUGUAAUUGGUGGGAUGUUCUUCAUCGUAUUUGGAAUGGUUUCUUCUGUUGGAAUUUCCAACCUCAGGAAUGUCUCUUUGGAUUCUUCCCGAAAUCUCUUCGUGAUUGGAACUUCUCUCCUUCUCGGCUUAGCUUUACCAAUGUGGAUUCAAAAGAAUCCUGGAAUGAUAAAUACCGGAAGUUCCGAGUUUGACCAAAUGCUUAGCGCGCUGCUAGGAACAAACAUGUUGGUUGGAGGAUUUCUGGGUUUUUUCCUGGACAACACACUUCCAGGUACAGAUGAAGAACGAGGAAUGUCGUACUGGAAAAGAAUGCGUGAACAAACUUCUUCGAUCAAGAGCCAAGAAUUGAAAGUAUACAAUUUACCUGCUUGUUUCCAGCGUCAAAUAGACAAGGUCCAUUGUUUCAUCUUCUUACCUUUCUGUCCCGGUUACAAUUCUUACUUUUCCAGCGCCAUAAAACGUAUCUGCAAAUGCUGCAAGACAAAAAAAGGUGCCAAAUUCACUGUGAACGAAAAUAAAGGAAAUGACAACUUGGAAAGCAAUUUAAAAAACGUUCAACUGAAAGAAAUUAUUUAG